UUAUGACUUUUGUCGUGCGUGCAGCCGUUCAAGUUUGCCUUCUUAUUUGUGGAUGGAAUAUUUCGAGUUGUAUGUGAAUAAAACACAUUUUAUUACCACUUUGCUACAACUUUUGCCUAUGAUACAACUAAAUUAAACCUAUUAGAACUGAAAUAGUUUAUCCGGAGAAGUGGUAACAGAAUAAUUAUAAAAUGGGAGCGGCUCAUUCAACUGAACCUCGAUCAGUGUCGAUGGACAACCCGAACGCUGGAGUUAUCGAUGUUUCGGAUGAAGUUGUGCAACGUCUGAAGAAAGGGAUAAGUAAGCAAGCCAAAGAAAAUGCCGCUUCUGCUGCAGCAUCGGAACCACCACCACCACCUCCAAAAAAGGAAGUUCGCCCCGUACCGGUAAAACCUGCUGCGGCACCAGUCGUGCCACCGACAGUUGUUUAUCAGGCACCGCCAACAGUUUACGUAGCACCAAGUGGUACAACAAUUACCGCAGCUGAUAUGGCACGCCAAAAAGAGGCCGAACUGAAACAAAACGACGCUAUGUGGCGUCAGCGUCUGGCCGAUCUGGAACAAACAUUAAAGAAGACGAAUGUAAUCAUGGAAAAGGAAUAUUCAUCAGCUGUCGAAGAUGUUCGUCAACGUUUUGCAACAGCCCCUCCUAUACAUCAACUGCCACCAUGUCAGGAGAUUAAGGCACAAGUAAUCGCUUGUUAUCGCGCAAACCCCGGCCAGACAUUAAAAUGUGCCAGUGAAGUAGCUGCCUUCAAAGAGUGUGUCAAUAUGAAUCGUAUCAAAAAACUUGAUGCGGAAGAUGCAAAGCCAGCGGCAAAAGCAGCCUAAUUGACAACUUAAAAUGGAUUUAGUGUUUAAUAGAGAAGUUUACAUUUUACAAAUCACUGUGCUAUCAACUUUUUUAAUUUUCGUUUUCAGUAAAAUAAGUUUAAAGAUAUUAAUUUAAAAAAUUUGAACAGUUGUCAAAAGCUAUGUAUAGUAAAUGAAAUCCGAAAGCAAAUUAUAGUCUGAAGACAUCUACACAUCGA